CGCCCUCAACCGCGCGGAAGUGGGCAUUGUUGUCGCUGACGUCAGUGGCGGAGGACGCGGGCGUCCCAUUGGGUCGCAGUGGCGGGUCGGGAGGCCGGGCCCAUGGCCAGCACCGGCAGCCCCCUGUAUGAUGCUGUUCCCAUACAGUCCAGCGUGGUGUUGUGUUCCUGUCCGUCUCCAUCCAUGGUGAGGAGCCAGGCCGAGCCCAGCCUCCCGCCCGUCACUGCCUCCGCUUGUGGCGGCCGGUCAGAGCUGAGCAUGGAGAACGCCUUGCCACAGGCCCCUGCCCCUCAGCCACAGCGGAAGAAGCGCCCUGAGGACUUCAAAUUUGGGAAGAUCCUGGGCGAAGGCUCCUUCUCAACUGUGGUCUUGGCCAGAGAAUUGGCUUCCUCCAGAGAAUAUGCCAUCAAAAUUCUGGAAAAACGUCACAUUAUCAAAGAGAACAAAGUGCCCUAUGUGACCCGGGAGAGAGACAUCAUGUCCCGUCUGGACCACCCUUUCUUUGUCAAACUCUACUUCACAUUUCAGGACGAUGAAAAGCUCUAUUUUGGUCUCAGUUAUGCCAAGAAUGGGGAGCUUCUCAAAUAUAUCCGCAAGAUUGGCUCAUUUGAUGAGACAUGUACAAGGUUUUACGCUGCCGAAAUUGUGGCUGCUCUGGAGUACCUUCAUGGAAAGGGAAUUAUUCACAGGGAUCUAAAGCCGGAGAACAUUCUUUUGAAUGGAGAAAUGCACAUUCAGAUCACAGACUUUGGGACAGCAAAAGUAUUAUCUGCAGACAGUAGACAAGCCCGGGCGAACUCCUUUGUUGGGACGGCGCAGUAUGUGUCACCGGAACUCCUCACAGAGAAGUCAGCUUGCAAAAGCUCCGACCUGUGGGCACUUGGCUGUAUCGUCUAUCAGCUUGUGGCAGGGCUGCCACCCUUCAGAGCUGGAAAUGAAUAUCUCAUAUUUCAAAAGAUAAUCAAGUUGGAAUAUGACUUCCCAGAGAAAUUCUUUCCUAAAGCAAAAGACCUCGUAGAAAAGCUUUUGGUCCUAGAUCCUACCAAGCGGUUAGGCUGUGAGGAAAUGCAGGGCUACGGACUCCUCAAGGGCCAUCCUUUCUUUGACUCCGUGACUUGGGAGGAUCUUCAUCGCCAGACACCGCCCAAACUGACUGCCUACUUGCCUGCCAUGUCAGAAGACGAUGAGGAUUGCUAUGGCAACUACGACAACCUGCUGAGUCAGUUUGGCUGCAUGCAAGUCUCCGGCUCAGCCUCAUCCCAGUCGCUGUCUUCCCCGGAGACGUCCCUGCCCCCACAGACCUCGGGCAACAACAUCGAGCAGUACAUCCACGACCUUGAUAGCAACUCCUUUGAGCUGGACCUCCAGUUCUCUGACGAGGAGAAGAGGUUGCUGCUGGCAAAGCAGGCAGGUGGAAAUCCCUGGCACCAAUUCGUAGAAAAUAACCUAAUACUGAAGAUGGGUCCAGUAGACAAGAGGAAGGGCCUCUUUGCUCGUCGGCGCCAGCUGCUGCUCACCGAAGGGCCCCAUUUGUACUACGUGGACCCUGUCAACAAGGUCCUCAAAGGGGAGAUCCCCUGGUCCCUGGAGCUCCGGCCGGAAGCCAAGAACUUCAAGACCUUUUUUGUCCACACACCGAACCGGACGUACUACCUGAUGGAUCCCAGUGGGAAUGCUCACAAAUGGUGCAAAAAGAUACAGGAGGUUUGGCGACACAGAUACCACCCGAACACUGCGAAGUGAGGCAGCGACGGCUGCUCCUCCUCUUCCUCCUCUUCCUCCCUUGCGCCCCCGUCUCCUUCCGUGCUGCUAGAGAGCCACCAGAGGACUCUUCCCAGCCCAGUCAACAACAUCCGUUUCCAGGGCCAAACUUUUUCCUUUCUGGAGGAAACCAAUGGAAUUCAGGGUCGCUUUGCUUGCUUUCGUGCUUCUGCUGAGGCUUCCACACACAGGCCCCUUCCUCUCUGUCUCCCUCCUUCCCUGUUCCGCAGAGGAGCGGACCCCCUCCCCCCAUAUUGCUGGCAUUGCAGCCUGGAUCGUGUGGGGCUCAACUGUGACUUCCUGUUGGAUCAGUCGUGCCCUUUGGUGGGCUCUGGCCUGAGCAAGUGAGGCUUCCUGGUAACUGCCUCCGGCCUCUCUUCCUCCCUCCUCCCUUCGGAGCCAAUUGGUGGGCUCCAUUUGCACCCCUCGCAAUGAGGAACGCAGUGGGGAGGUUCCCCCCAUAGAGCACUCUGGGAUCCUCCCUCCCCUGAUGGUACUUUCUUUAUUCUCAUGUCUUGCAGACACUCCUUUGCAGUGGGGAAGGGGAGGAAUGUAGAGCGUGGAGGCGCCCUGGCCCCCUGGUCUCAUAGUGUUUUAAACAUGGGGUUUUAAUUUGGUGCAUUUACAUGUUUAAGGAGCACUGAGGUUACCAGCAUGCUUUUAACUCAUACUAACGGAGGGGUGAAGUAGUUGGUCUGGAGGCUGCCUUGGUGCAACUUUGGGGUCCUUUGCCUUUUUUUGAAGAGCAGAGCCAACGAGUGAGUGGCUUCCUCCCGGAGCAGCGAGCGAAGGGGCUGAGCGCCACAAGGGGGAGGGGUCCCUGCUUUUGGGGAACUAUUUUGGGGCAGAGCAGAGGGAGGCCCCCACCCCAAGAGACAUGCUGUUUGUACAACUGAUGACUUGAUUCGUGGUCUCUUUGUAUAAUGAGGUGUACAAAUAUUCCUGUAUUGUUCAUUGGCAAAAAGCGUCGUACCUUUUAGCAACUUUGGAAAUAUUUUACAUGAUUUAAAUAUAUUUAAGCCCCUCCACUAA